CUAAUCUGCUAGAAUUAAAUCAUUCUGUCGGGGCUAACCAAGGAACAGUUAACUAAAAGAAUUAUAACAGUUACCGCCACAAUGAAAAAUCUGGUAUUAGUGGGAGUUGUUGCCUUGGUGGCUUUACAUACAGCUUUUUCGGAUUCUACUGGGUGCCAACAAUUUAUUGACGUCAUAGCCGUUGUCGAUGGCUCUGACAGUGUCGGACCAACAGAGUUUCAAUCAGUUAGAGAUUCUUUGAGCGACUUUGUUACAGCUUUGGGGGUGAGUUCAUCAGUUCGGUUCGGCGUGGUCGUCUACAGUUCGACAGUAGGAGAUGUAAUUCCAUUAUCAGGCGAUGCCAGUGAUCUAACUAACAAAAUAAAUAAUCUUAACCAUGCACGUGCAGGAACAGCCACCGACUUGGGUAUCGCCAAAAUGAUUGAGAUGUUCAGUGGUUCUUCAAGCCCCAAAGUUGGCAUUGUUAUCACCGAUGGGGAAUCUUUAACUCCGAGUGCAACAUUGACUCAAGCAACAAAUGCCAGAAACCAGAACAUUAAUAUGUUUGCCAUCGGAGUCGGAGACGAUAUUAAUUCAGAGGAAUUAAAUGGUAUAGCCUCAUCAUCUGGCCAGGUAUCAUCUGUCACCGACUACACGGCACUUGCCCAACAGAUAAGCAGUCUAGUGUUGGAAAUCUGUCCUACUACUCAACCAACAACUAAACCAUGUGAUGGCUGUAAAAUGGCUAACGGUAUUGGAUACAACCCACAUACAGAUUGUGAUAAGUACAUUCAAUGUGAAUUUACAACAGAUCUCACCUUACUCCAAUACCACGUAAAACAAUGUGGAUAUGGAACUUUCUGGAAUCAAGAUAAACUGACCUGUGAUCAUAUUGGCAAUGUCGCCUGUGAUAAUGAUCCAUGCAAUACAAAAGUUGAUGGUGAGUCAUACAAGACAAAUGGAAACUGUUCUCAGUAUUAUCGAUGUGUAGAUAGUAAAACACAAAUCAGACAAUGUCAACCUGCUUCUUCCUAUGAUUCAUUUAAUGGCUAUUGUACUGUAAAUACGUCAUGCAAAAGCCAGCCACCUAUUCCUGUGGACUGUGUGUUUAAAGAAAGAACUAAUGAUAGAUGUCAUUAUGAUUGGGUUAUCCCAUCUGGUACGGUAAAGAUGCCUUGUCCAGGCGGUACGACUUUUAACCAAGCCACCUGUUUAUGUGAUACACUAUUGGGAGCUUCUUGUUAUCCUGCCUGCAAGCCUAUUGUGGACAUUCAUUUCAACGCAGACGACGUUGGAGAGUAUGACAACUAUGGGGCUAUAAUCCAAAAUGGUAACGCUUAUUUCAAUGGCAACGCCAGCAUUAAGAUUCUAACAUUGGCUAAUGUUGACUUCAGAUCUAAAAUUAACAUAAUGGUCAGGUAUCGGAACGAGUUUUAUACUUUUCAAGAACAAGCCGUGGUUACCAAUGGUGAUUGUGGUAAACAACCGUCCAUAAGCAUAACCAACCGAAAUAACAAUGUCAGAUUCAACCUUCAGGAUACUACAGCAUCUGCCCACACACUUGAUGUUAAGUCGUAUAGCCAAUGGCGGGUUGCUCGAUACCUUUUGAAAGAUGGACAGUUUAGAGCUAAAGUUAACCGUAGGGGUAGCAGUGACUCUAUUACAGUUGAAGCUAGAAUACUAAGAUCACAGUGUGCCUUCAUACUAGGUCAAGGUACUGGGUUCCAGAAUUUUAAAGGAUGGAUUGAUUACAUCACUGUAUCAACAUGUUAGAUAGCUUGUUGGCCUACAAACUGGAUGACUAUCCUGAAUCACUUUCUUAGCUUUAUGGUCUGUCGUUUGUAUGUAAAUAAGUUAUAUUUGAUAAGGUUAUCUUCGUUUUGUAUAAAAUAUGUAGUACAUGUGCAUCAAUUAGAUCCUAAAGUUUAAGCGAAUACAAUAAAAUCACUGUACCAAAUAUUGAAUUAAAAUCGCGAAAUAGAUAUUUUCUCAAUAAUAAAAUAAUCGUUGUCUUUCAAAUUUGUGCAAUUUUAGUCAAACCGACCAUAUUGUAAUUGCUUAAUCUAUUUAUGGUAACCAAAUUAGUUAAAUUUGCUCCUUUGUUUUCAAGAUAGACUUCAUGCCUUUUGAACUUGUACUGUUUUAUGCAAACCACUUUGUUUUAGUUUUAUUCUUAAAACCAUUUUCCUAAAUUUUAAUAUACCCUAACAUUUAUAUUAACCAAAUACUUGUAUAGUGAAUUUUACUACGUUGCUCUAUUGUUUCAAUAAAUCUUAAUCAAAAUAUUUUUUUCUAGAUCAACUUCAUGUAUUUUGAACUUGUACUAUUUUAUGCAAACCAACUUUGUUUAAAAAAUAAUUUCUGCAUUUUGAUACUCCAUAUAUUUUUAUAUAGAAAUUUGGCCUGUAAUCAAAAUAAUGUUUUCUGGAUGAACUUGUACUGUUCUGUUCAAAUCAGCUUACCUCCCUUAUCCAUUACAAUAACAAAAUAAAUAUAGUGAAAUAAUAUUUGAUUAUAACGCUAUGCUGUGUAGUUUAUAAAUAAAUAAUAAUUGCACUUUGA